AUGACUAUGUAUCUUACUCUUUUACUAGUCAUCUUGAUUCUUGUAUUACAGCAAACAAUAUAUGUGGAAUCCUCGGUUACACCGAUUCAACUUGCUAAUAAUGAAAAUCGUCGAUUAAAUACUAUUCAACGUCUACGAGCUCCACUUAUGGGUCGAUCAUUAUUAUCAGUGACACCAACAAAUGUUGAUGAUGGUAGUUUUAUAAAUGAUGUAUCAAGCAAUAGCAAUACUAGUGAUGAUGAAUUAGUUGUUCUCACUAAACGACGACAUGGCAGUGUACCAUUAUUUGGUCGACGAUGGAUAUUUGGAAAACGACGAGGACCACUUUAUGGUUAA